AUGAACGGUGGUAUGCUCAAGGGCCGUAGGUAUCUCAACGUGUCGUCCCUGCAGGCGUCUCGCUUCUCACAGUACUCAUAUGUCUCGUCACUAUGUAAAUCCUUCCGGAGAUUAUAUGUGACUGCGAAAGAAGAGUCAAUCGUCGCUGCACGGACUCCAAGGAGGAGACCUAAUUCCCCGCAGUUCCGCCGGAACAUCAUCACACUCGACCCUCUCCGCCUUACCUCGUCCGACUGGAUAGAACUUUAUGGUCUCCACUGCCAGGCAUACGACCGACAAUAUCUUUCCUUCAACCCAGCCUCUCGGGUAUGGAGACGUCUCGUCAGCUCUAUCGGCCAGCCGCAUGCCAUUCCCCUUCACUAUCACACCACGAGCACAGCGCAGACAGACCCAGAGGUUGAUUCAAGAUCUCCAGUCUCGCUUCAAUCCCCCUUCCCUAAUGGAACCUUGGGAUUCUUGUACUACUACCAAGAUCCCGAGCUGCACCCCAAGUUAGGCGAGGUUCGCUUUCGGCUCACGCCCUCCAGUGACCAGCGACGAUUCAAGUACGGCGAGGAUCUCUUGUUGCCAGACGGCCUUCCGUGGCGGAUACCUCUCAUCAGCAUCGCUGCGAGACAGUCGUGGGUUAUGCUGCGAAACAUCUUGCUCCGCGACGGCCUUGUCACGGAAUCCCUCCUCGAGAGCUGCGUCCGUGACGGCAAAAAAAUGACCCCGCGCCCGUUAGUUAUUUCUGCGCUGGACACGCCCUUCGUCGUGGAUUUCGCCUUGGGCCUCAAAAGGCUGUGGGUGUUUGGCGACGAAGAAGCAGAGUCGAUCACGUUCCCGCGCUGGUUCGUGGAGAAACGCCCGAAGCAGCCAUCGGCACGGCCAUACACAGGAUCUGCCCUCUGCCAAUUAGAGUUGUCCCACCUCCCGGAACACAAGGACAAGCCCGCGCUCCUGCUCCGUGUCGUGAAGGUUCUUCGCCCCGUUGUAUGUCAGAUCCCGGAUUAUGACGGCUUUAUCGGCAAGCCCACGGAAGGCGAGCUUUUCUGCACGAACGGCGUGCCGAAAGCGUUUGUUCCCAGCAACGCUACCGAGGAGGAAGUCGUACGGCGCUUGACUACAGCUCGCCGGAAGGUUGAGAUUCCAGCCAAGCCUGAUGCGCUCCUGGAAUCCGCUUGA